CUUCUGUCCCAGCUGGCUCAUGCCAUCCGCCUGCUCCUGGAGUACACAGACUCAAACUAUGAGGAAAAGAAGUACACGAUGGGGGACGCUCCCGACUACGACAGAAGCCAGUGGCUGAGUGAGAAAUUCAAGCUGGGCCUGGACUUCCCCAAUCUGCCUUACUUAAUUGAUGGGGCCCACAAGAUCACCCAGAGCAACGCCAUCCUUCGCUACAUUGCUCGCAAGCACAACCUGUGUGGGGAGACAGAAGAGGAGAAGAUUCGUGUGGACAUUUUGGAGAAUGAGGUUAUGGACACCCGCAUGGCGCUGGCCAGGCUCUGCUACAACCCUGACUUUGAGAAACUGAAGCCUGAGUACUUGGAGGCGCUCCCUGAAACAAUGAAGCUCUUCUCACAGUUUCUGGGGAAGAGGCCUUGGUUUGCAGGGGACAAGCUCACCUAUGUGGAUUUCCUGGCUUAUGACAUCCUUGAUCUUCACCGCAUAUUCGAGCCCAAGUGCCUGGAUGCCUUCUCUAACCUCAAGGACUUCAUCACCCGCUUAGAGGUGACUCCCCGGAUCCUCCUUCUAUUUCUUUCACUUUUGUUUUUUCCUCUUAUCUCUGAUGUUUUCCUUGUCCUGGAGCUAUCAUAAAGAAAAACUAGGAUU